UCUACGUAAGAGAAAAGCAAACAAAAGGCCAAGUUGCUGCGGGAAAAGUACAUGUCCUUGUCUCUUAGUAAAUGGAGGGUGGAUUUGAAGUAGAUCUUGUCACUGCUUUGAAAGACGUCGUUGAUAGCAGUCGAUGGCGAUGUGUAGGUCACACAGAUCUCUUCAAGGGGAAGACUUGCACCCGGCUGUAUUCUCUUGGAGGAGAAGAAGAUGUGGUGGUUGUCAGACUCACCCCAGACAAGUUUUAUGCACUAGGCGCUGACUGUCCCCAUGAAGGUGGCCCGUUAGAUCUCGGCGACAUUGAAGACAUUGACGGCCACAUGUGCAUUGUGUGCCCCUGGCACGACUAUGACUUCCGAUUGGACAACGGAGACUCCACGUCAGGUCUCAAGCAACAAACUUACGCUGUCAAGCUAGUAGACGACCAACUGUACAUCAACACAAGUCUAGAUUUAUCUCACACAAAGAGUUCUGAGAAGCAACUUGACAAGAAACAUGAAGCAGAACAACAGCUGAGGUCAUGCUCAGAAGGCGAGGACACGCUGUGCAGUUGGGCUGUGAAGAUAUUGUGUACUGCAGACCCGAACGAGAAGGUGAGGCUGACGCACGAGAUUCAGGAGAGAUGGCAGAGGGGAGACCUGACAGAAGUAGGGAGAUGCCAGCCCCCUGAUCAGCCCCACCGUGUAGAGUCAUUGAACGUAGUUGCUCCUGGGAAGAUCAAGCGUGGCAAGGCGGGCACACUGGGCAACCGCAUCGCGUUGCUGCAUUCCCUGGCCAACAUCGAACAGUGGGCCAUUGAUCUGUCUUGGGACAUCAUCGCGAGGUUCGCAGACACCACCCUGGGUGAUAGGAGUCACCUUCCCAAGGAUUUCUUCACAGACUUUGUCAAAGUCGCAGGGGAUGAAGCCAAGCAUUUCACGAUACUGGAGAACAGGCUCCAAGCCUUGGGAAGUCAUUUUGGGGCACUCCCCGUACAUAAUGGUUUGUGGCAGUCGGCCACGGAGACUAAACACAAUCUCCUAGCCAGGCUGGCAGUGGUCCACAUGGUGCAUGAAGCAAGGGGUCUUGAUGUACACCCGAAGACACUAGAGUGGUUUUCCAAGCAGGGGGAUGACGACUCAGUCGCAGUCUUGGAUGUCAUCUAUGCCGACGAGAUCACCCAUGUGGCAGCGGGGAUGAGAUGGUUCACGUACGUCUGUCGCCACGCAGUACCUCCGCUAGAGUGCAUCUCGGAGUUCCAAAAGCUUGUCAGAAAGCAUUUCAGGGGUCUCCUGAAACCACCCAUCAACGAAGAAGGCAGAACCAUUGCAGGAAUGAGCAAAGAGUGGUACGUCCCAUUGAUGCAACCAGCCAGUCGGGAUGCAGAUGGCGAGGACUCGACCACAUCAGUAGGAGGUUCCAGCUGACAGCAGCGAUUGCACAGUGCCACUGGCCCAGAACUCUUGCCCAGUAAACAUCUUGUAAGAAGUGCUUAGUUGAACAGGACGUUGACUUUGACACCAAAGCAACAAGAAGUGGAUUGGAAAGCCUAAACUGAGUGAGGAACUCAAGAUUUUGGCAACUAAUCUCCAAGUCCUAACGUAAUAAGUGUUUCCUGUAAUACCGGCUUGCCGUAAUGGACCUUUUUAAAGACAAUGGGACUGUCUGUGUUAACGACCUUUGUGCGAGAAAAUGAGCUGUAUUUUUAAUUUCAGGGUUUUAGACUGUGACUAAUAUGUGUUUGCAAUGUGUGUGCAUCAUCUGACCUGUAGCAGUCUUUUUAUUUGAUACUAAACAU